AUGCCAUCCCGAAACAACCCCAACCUCCCCUCCCGUCACAAAACCCGCAUCCGCUCGCGCCCCUCCUCCAACAAACUCCGCAUCGCCGCAAUACGCACAAACCCAUUAGACCCAGUGCUAAAGUCCUCCGGCCUCGGAGUGUCCCGUGGGAAAACAUUCGCGAGUAAAGCCCAGCGCAAGAAAGAUAGGAACAAGGGCUACGCAAAAGGGAGGGUCGAAAUGGAGAAGGAGUUGGAGAGGGCGAGUAAGGCUGGUGAGGUCGUUAUGAGAGAUGCUUCUGAAUUACCCGUUUCGAGAAGGCAGGCGAAGCUUGCUGCGAGGGCGGCGGCAGUUCGGGAGGCGAAUUCUAAGGGCCAGGAGGAGAUGACGAGGGAUGCUGCGAAACCGGAGAUGGACGUUGAUUAGAUUCCCGCAGAAGAAUUACUGCUGCGAUUGGUGUGACAGGAAGUGAAUCGGAAUGACAGCACAAGCACCAUAUGAACAAAAGUUCUUUCUUUC